AUGAAGGGGAGGGUCCUGAUAUGGAGGGAUUACCGUGGCGAUGUUCCUGCAUCCGCUGCAGAGAAAUUCUUCAACAAGCUGAUGGAAGGCGAGGCUGACCCGUCCUCGCGAGAGCCAGUGAUUUUGGACAACGGAGUGACGUACCUCUUCAUUCAGCACAACAACGUGUACCUCAUGAUCGCCACCCGGCAAAACGCCAACGCGGCCAGCCUACUGCUCUUCCUUCACAAAGCCGUGGAGGUGUUCAAGUACUACUUCGACGAGCUGGAAGAGGAGUCCCUAAGAGACAACUUCGUCAUUGUGUACGAGCUACUGGACGAGAUAAUGGAUUUCGGAUACCCGCAAUUCACGGAGGCAAAGAUUCUGAGCGAGUUCAUCAAGACGGACUCGUACCGCCUGGAGCUGUCCACGCCCAAGCCCAACAUCGCUGCCGUCACCAACGCCGUCUCCUGGCGUAGCGAGGGCAUCCGGUACAAGAAGAACGAGGUGUUCCUGGAUGUGGUUGAGAGUGUGAACAUCCUGGUGAACAGCAACGGUCAAGUGGUGCGGUCUGAAGUCGUGGGCGCCCUCAAGAUGCGAACGUACCUCAGUGGCAUGCCAGAGUGCAAGCUAGGGCUGAACGACCGAGUGCUGCUGGAGGCACAGGGCAGAGCGACCAAGGGCAAGGCCAUUGAUCUGGACGAUAUUAAGUUCCAUCAGUGCGUCCGUCUAGCUCGGUUUGAGAACGACCGGACCAUCUCCUUCAUCCCACCUGAUGGGGCGUUCGACCUUAUGACCUACCGGCUCAGCACUCAGGUCAGUAGCGCCUGCGUAUUCCCUCACUCUCCCUUUCUGAGGCGCGUUAAGCCAUCUCCUUCAUCCCACCUGCGUACUCAGGUGAAACCGUUGAUCUGGGUCGAAGCAAUGGUGGAGCGGCACUCGCGCAGCCGAGUGGAGUACAUGGUGAAAGCGAGGAGCCAGUUCAAGGAGCGGUCGACGGCGACGUCGGUGGAGAUAGAGCUGCCGGUGCCCAUGGACGCCAUUGACCCCGCCGCCCGCACCUCCAUGGGCACUGCUACUUACACGCCUGAGCGAGAGGCCAUCCUCUGGAAGAUCAAGUCGUUCCCCGGAGGCAAGGUAGCAUACACGCCCAGGUACGUGUGGGCACACAGAGCGCACACUCAGCAGUGGAGCAGGCGAGCGGCAGUAGGGGUGGUAAACACCAGCACUGGAGCAGGGGCAAGCAGCAGCAGGCAGGGCUGUGAGCCAGUUCAAGGAGCGGUGGAGAUAGAGCUGCUGGUGCCCAUGGACGCCAUUGACCCCGCCACCCGCACCUCCAUGGGCCCCGCCACCUACACGCCCGAGCGAGAGGCCAUUCUCUGGAAGAUCAAGUCUUUUCCCAGAGGGAAGGUGAGCUGCCUUGUUGCAUCUCAGACCCCGUCGCCCGCUCCUCCAUGGGCUCUGCCACCUACACGCCUGAGAGGGAGGCUAUGCUCUGGAAGAUCAAGUCGUUCCCCGGAGGUAAGUCGAGGCACACACUCCAUUGACCGCGCUGCCCGCACCUCCAUGGGCUCCGCCACCUACACGCCCGAGCGGGAGGCCAUCCUCUGGAAGAUCAAGUCGUUUCCUGGAGGCAAAGGAGUACCUGCUUCGCUGUUUACCUUCAACCCCUAUCAGGAGUACCUGCUGCGAGCGCACUUCAGCCUGCCCAGUGUGGCAGCAGAGGAUGGGUAUAGAGGAGUACCUGCUGCGAGCGUGCUUCAGCCUGCCUGGUGUGACAUCAGUAAAAUGGGGAAGGAGUACCUGCUGCGAGCGCGUUUCAGCCUGCCCAGUGUGGCUGCAGAGGAUGACGUGGCAGAGAAGAAAGCUCCGAUCCGCGUGAAAUUCGAGAUACCCUACUUCACAGUCUCUGGCAUCCAGGUGCGUUAUCUCAAGAUCAUCGAGAAGAGCGGUUACCAAGCGUUGCCGUGGGUGCGUUACAUCACAAUGGCUGGCGAGUACGAGCUGCGGAUGAUAUGA